AUGGCAUUUUUAUAUAAUGACGGAUGUGAAACUUCUGAAGGAGAUUUCACCAAAUGUUUUAUGAAUAUAUGUGAAAUAAAUUUAAAUAAAUUUGAAGCAUCAUAUUGUAGAAUUGAGCGACCAGUAGUUGAUAUAAAGAAGGCUUCAAAUAAAAAUUUAAAUGAUCUUUCAAAAAAUUUAUUCACAGACGAAUAUACUCCGUCAAAUUUAAAAUCUAGGAUAAUUAUUCUUUCAAAUAA